CAGCGUUCGCCUUCCCGUACUUCCGGCAUUGCUAUGACGGAACAAAGGGAGGACGGCACAGCGACAUCUCGGCUAAAACUCCUACUGGACCGAAAGAGUGGUAAGGGUGCAAGUUCACGCGUUUCGAACAAACUUCUACCAGGAGGAUAAAGGGGUAUAUAGUCAAUUCGGUCAGAUUUUUCCUUGUGGAACUAGAACUAAAGAGGACACAUGUGGCCAAACCAAGGCUCUUCAACAGUUCCUUUUAACCCUGCCUUCCCCCCACCCCCUGGUACUACUCAUCCUGUUCCACCAAACACAGGAUACCCACAUGGUCAGAAUCCAGUAUAUCCACCUGACAUAAACCCUGCCAUGCCUCCAACUAUGCCAUGCAUGGCUGGAGGACAAAAUCCUUAUCCUCCAGGCCUUUCCCCUUAUGUUCCUCCACCUGGAACAUUAAAUCCAGGCCCUCAUUUGCUGCCUCAUGGUGGCUAUCCUGUGGGGUUACCUGGGGCAAUUGCUGGAGGAGGAAUGAUUAUUGCAGGCCACAAGAAGCAUAAAAAGGUGAAGAAAGCAAAAAAGAAGGCUCAUAAAGCUGAGAAGACUAACAAACACAAGAAACAUUGCAAGCAUUCUUCAAGCAGCAGCAGCAGUACCAGCAGCAGCGACUCUAACUAAAGUCAACAAAAGUCAUAUCUUGUGCAAUUACUCAAGCAUGCUUCUGCACAACACUAAGUAUGUAAGCAAAGUAUGUAGAACAUGUUGAUGCAUUCAGAAAUUACUUUGACUACAUUAAAUUUCAGAAUAGUUUUUAGUUUCCAUGCUUUUGACUAAGCAAUUAACACUGUAUUUGGACUGAUACCUAGAUCAAGUUUAGCCUUUUACAUAUGUAUGUAAUAUUGUAAUAAAAUGUAAUUAAUGUGCACAUUCACACGCUUUGUGCAAACAUGUUUUCCUUGUCGGGUUGGUAUUGGAUUAUACUACUUGGGAUUUCACAGAAUGUCUUCUGUUCAUUUUAGCUGUGGUCCAUAGUUAAUGUAAAAUCACAAAUGUCACUAAUUUAGGCAAAUACUGUUCCAAAUGAAAAUUGUUAAAAAUAAUCUAAGAAAAUAGUGUGAAGCCUUUAAAUCAUCAGUAUGUUAGCAAAACAUUUCCAUGUAUUUAGUCAUAUUCUAACAAAGAGGGAUAUUCACAUUUCUGUUAGGGAUUAACUGUCAAAACUAAUAUUUUGCAUUUGUCAUAUUUGUCAUAUUUUGUUUUGCAAUAAAGAUUUGUCUAAAGGGAAAAAAUUGUCACCUAAAACCUAAACUCUACCAUCUAGCCUAUUAUGUACCACAUAGCACACCACUACUGAUACAUUAAACAUAUACCAUGUAAACUUUUAAAUGAUAAAUAAUUUAGCUGAAGUAUGAAGUAAAAUAAAGUUUAUUUUUUUUGAGCUUU